UGCUGUCAGGAAGAAGAUCAGAGUUCAGGGUCACAGCUUUAUGUGCUUACUGUAAUCAGAGUCCCUCAUACUGAGCUAAUUAUCAGACAAACCUCAGCACGUGCUGCCAUCCACACGCCCACAUGAACAGACUCAGUGUGGUUCCAGUGUGUAUAUAAAGAGCAGUGAGACCUUCUCGUCAGCAUCAUUCAGCUGAUACCUGAACAUCAUCACCUCACAUCUAACUGAAAGGUAAGACACCUGCUGCACUGCUUUUCAUUCAGUGGAGCCCAUGGCUGUGCUCUCCCUCUGUGUGUUUAUUGGUGUUUUUUUCUUCUCCACACAGAACGAUCAGUUGAUCAUCACCAUGAAGACUGUCCUGGUCCUCUCCAUACUUUUCUGUGCUUCAUUUGCAGCUCCAGCUGAAGACAAAGGGAAGGCUCCAGAAGAAGUAUUUGCACCAGAAGAUUCUGUCCCUGCUCCCAGAAACGCUCGUUUUAACUUGUGUCCAAAUGGCUGGUACAGCCAUGAAUCUCGCUGCUUCCUGUACAGCCAGACCGCCAUGACAUGGCACAGAGCUGAGGAGUACUGCAACAGCCUGGGUGCCAACCUGGCCUCGGUUACCAACCCCAGAGAGUACAGCUUCCUCCAGCAGAUAACACAGAAUGCCCGUCAGAGCAGCGUAUGGCUGGGAGGCUUCCAGCUGCAGGGCCAGUGGAUGUGGAUUGACCGUGAGGGUUUCUAUUACACCAACUGGUAUGGCCAGUCCAGCUCCAGCAGCCACCCCUGUGUCUUCUUACGCAGCAGCAAUGGUUGGGGUAACACCGCAUGUGGCAAUUCUUAUUACUUUUUCUGCUCCAAAAGCCCUUUCAGAUGUUAA